AAAUCUUAAAAACAACUCCAACUUUUGCUCGUUGUUGAUUGUCGCGUUUCUCGCGUUUUUUACAGUCGUACUUCAAAGAGAUGCUCGGCGGGGCUGCACGCGCUCUGAUUGGUCAGAUGCCCCACGUUACACGAACCCAAACAGCAGGGGAGGAUGAAGCAGUCCGGGCUCCUCAUUAUCCCAGGCACCACACGUACCGCACGUAGCCGAGCGAGCAUCUCUGGGCCGGACGCGUGAAACGCCGCUCUGUGUUUAUCUGGUUUUGCCGAAGCUCUGCGAGUUUACCGGGACACACCGAGGAGCGUCGGAACCGGGGCCGUCUCAUGUGUUUGUCCUUCUGGUAACACCGCCGCAGCCGCAUCCCUUCCUCGUAGAAAGAGCGACGCCGCCUGCGCGCGCACAGCGACCUCGCGCGCCUCGCCAUGGGCUCCAGACUGAGCCGACAGAGCAGCCUGGAUGACGAGAAUUUCUCCAAGAAGCGGCGCCGACUGCAGGACGGCGCCGGGGAGGCGGACAGGGGCGGCCGGGGCGGCGGGGACUUUCUGUUUGCUCUGAUGCUGAAGUCGGACAAGCUGCCCGGGAUGCUGCGCAGGGCCAACCACAGCCCCUACAUGAGGAGGGUGGCGUGGAUCAAGGAGAUCCAGAAGCUGCUGCGCGAGCGCAGGAUCGAGCAGGCGACCGACGUGCUGAAGCUGCUGCGGAAGGACCUGGGUUUGGAGGGAGCCUCGCUGAAUGACAUCUUGUACAAAAACGCCGCCUUCCUCAAUCUGGUGGACCCUAUCUCACACGAACUGCUGCUCAGCUUGGCUCGAGAGAUGCAGUGUCCCAAGAAGGAUGCGGACACCAUAAAGUCUUCUGAUAAGAUUUGCAGGCAGCUGAUCUACCACCUGACCCCGCACUCAAAGUGGCUGAGGCAGAGCAUGUCCAGGCGGAAAUCCCAGGCCUGUCUCAAGACGACUCUACAGAAGAAGCUGUCCAGCGACAGCGUGGACCUGUCUGGGAUCCCCCUGUCCACCCGCGACGUCCGACAAGUGGCUUUCUACCUCCAGAGCAACAGGGACAGCGUGGUGGCAGUGGACAUCAGCUUCACCGAGCUCACGGACGACAACUUGAGGCUGCUGCUGCCUCUCCUCGCCCUGCUGCCCAAACUCAGCACCCUGGCUCUCAACGGCAACCGCCUCACGCUGGCCAUCAUCAAGGACCUGACCGAGCUGCUCAAGGACCCCAAGAUGUUCUCCAGCCUGGCCUGGAUCGACCUGGGCAAUAACGUGGACAUUUUCACCAUGCCCCAGCCGCUGCUGGUGGCGCUGCGCCGCCGCUGCAGCCUGAAGAGCAGCCUGCCCACCAUCUACGAAUACACAGAGGGCCAGCCGUACUCCUACCACCUGGAGACCUCCAUCGAGGAGCCCAGCCACUACGAGGAGGAGGAAGUGGAAGAGGAGGAGGAAGACAUGGGAGACAGGUUUGAGCUGGAGUCGUGGGGCUUGGGGGAGAAACAGCUCUCUAAACAUUUUACCCUUCACUACUGUGAGAGGUGAUGGGCCGCUUCCCGUCCGGAGAGCUUUCGGCUGUGGUUGAAAUGACGCCCCGCAGCACUCUGUUACUUCUUUCACCCUGUUGCCCUCACACCACGAGACAAAGUCACCCUUCACAGGCGAUGGGGGAGCCUGGUGCCCACAUUGCGAAUUAAUUGUCCCAACACAGAUACUAAAGCUAAUCUUUACCAUCUCUGAGUUAACCCACGUAAGACGGCGAGGAAGAAACCGACGGCCUGGACGGCAAACUUACUGUGUUGGUGGAUGGCGCUCUUGGGAAAAAGGUGCGGUUUCAUUGGAGGGUGGCUGGAGGAGUCAAGGUGCCAGUUCUCUCUCUCUCUCUUUCUGUCCUUUUAUCCACGUCUAUCGCUCCAUCUCGCUCUCUGUCGAGAGCCAAUCCCCAGGAGACUUAAAUCAGUUGGUCGGACGAAGGGGCCGCAUCCCGUAGGAGAGAAGGGACACCUAGAGUGAGCUUUGGAAUCUGUCGGCCCACCGCGGGUUCUCUACCAGGACUGAGACGCUCUCUGUCCGACAGGACCUAGCUCCACAUUCUGUGUUCUCUGUUAAUCUCUCAACAAAAGCUAUGACACAAGUUCAACAGACUAUACAACCAGCGACCCGUCACGUGGUGCUGGCAAAACUGCUUGGUCAACUUUUUUCGGGUUUUUUUUCCCCCUGUCCUUUCCCAGUGUCCACCCGUGAAUGUCCAUGUGCAGAUGGAAAUGAGAACAGAAGACAAAACAGUUGCUGUGUUUCGACGGGUCGUUUUUAUUUUGUAUUUUUUGUGCACCUCAGUGGACAAAGCAGUCUCAGAAGACAAGGAGUAGGACUCGACAACGGAGAGGCGUCUCCGGUUGUUUUUGUAUUCGCAUUAAAGCUGACAUCACUGCGCUCUGUCAGGUCAUAGCCACAGUAUUUUCGACACAUUUAUGGCUCCUGAAGCCGAGGUGGCUUCUGAGUCAGAGCAAGGAGGGCCAAUCCGCUCUUCCUACUGCCGUCCGUCUCCACGGGUGUCGUCCUUUCCACUUUACGUCGCCAUAUAUCAGUGGCCCUGUGUUGUGAUGCACUUCCUUGACUGUUAUCUAUCAGUUCCAGUCUUUCUGCAGUAGCAUCAUAUGCUACUGCAGGAUGACCAGAACACUGCGAUGCACUUUAAGGCCCUGUCGUGUUUUUCAGCGUUACACUUCCUCCACAGCGUAUACUCUGUGCACGUCGUUCAUACCUGAGUAUUUACAAGCCAGAAGUUGAAAGUGUCCCACAUUCAGACAGUACGAACUACGCAGAUGAUGAUUGUUAGCGGGAUCAAAACAAGCUCACCAUAUAUAUAAUAAGUGUUCAAUACGUGUUAUUUGUGUGUUUAAAACGUCUAAAUGUUGUUGUUUUGUCUCGUCUGAUUCAGCAGUUGUAUUUAAUUGUACGUAAUGACAAAGAACAAUAAAAUUUAGCCCAAAAAAGUCCUGCUGUUGGACUGAAUGGAUGAUGUUUUAUGGGAUAAUGCAAUAAAACAGAGAGUCGCUUUGUAAAUGUUAUCCAGGAGAGGAUAUUUAUGUGGGAUCUUAAAUCCUCCCAGACUAAACUCUUGCCUCCUCUUGGUUCGUGCUACGCCUUGCAAAAGUGUUCAUACAGCUUGUCCGUUUUCACAUAUUGUCACUUUAAAUCCACAAACUGUAUUAGAUUUUGUUUGGGUUUGUGAGUCAGACCAACAGAAACCUGGAAAGAACAUGAUUUAUGAAGAUGUGACAUGCAACAGCUUAUGUGCAUGUCUCUUUAUCACCUUCCUGUUUUUCUCUACAAAAUAGAUAAAACUCAGUCAGAUUGGAAGAAGAGUGUCCGUGAGCAUCAAUAUUCCACUGAAUCAGAUUUAGAUCUGGACUUUCACAUGAAUGUGUUUGGAUCUGAACCAUUCGACUGUAGCUCUGGCUGCAGAGAGAUGAACCACUGCCACCAGUUUCAAGUCCUUCUUUUCACUUUUCCAUGCUACUGUCGCUCACUAUUCCCACAUCAUGACACUGCCACUGCCAUGUUUCACAUGGUGGCUUCGGGACCAUCGACAUCCAUUUUUUUGUCCAUUCUCAACACGUUUGUUACAUUCCCUGCAUCGCUCAUUGAGAACUGGCAGCUACAUAUAAACAUACGUCACAUUUGUCAGAUUUUCAUUUUUUAAUUCUGUUUAUUACCUUAAAACCCGUCAGAUGCAUUAAAAUUUGUGGUUGUAACGUUACACGUAAAGGUUCAAGGUACAUAAAUGAUCUUGCAACGCUCUGCGGUUUAUGUUCAUGAGUCAGUAAGUGUCAAACCUUUUCCUAGUUGUGCUCUGUGUAUAUAUGUCUCAUGCAUUCAAUGACUGCCAAUAAAAGAACCUGU